AGAAGAGUAAGAGAUUCCUGUGUGGCUUCCCGCCGUUUGUGUGGUCUCCACUCCACCACUUUUCUGAUCAAAGUUCAAAGGGAGCGUAGAUGGAGUUGAUUGGUAACAAAUCAAAUAUACAGUGAGUGGAGUGGAAGCGACCAAAUUUUUGUAGCUUUGAAUAUGGCCCGGAGGCUGUGUUGCCGCCUUUCCCUCUCACAAUUUUUUGGCAGACUCAGAAACCCUUCUUCAAGGCUAGAUACUAUGUUUGGUUCAACUAGUCAGCUCUCUUUAUAUUUUCAAGCAUCACGAUCAUAUGCUCGUGGUGGCCAUAAACAUUAUGAUCUCUUUGGCAAGAGCAAACCAGGUGAUGAGGAUUUUAGAAAAACAUGGAAGAAAGAGAUGGAUGAGGAGACUUCUCUAUGGACAGGAAGUGAAGAUGAAAGUGAUCAGGAAUGUGGAAAAAAAGACGAAUUAGAAGAAGAGAUCAGGAAGGUAAGGCAACAGGCAAAGGAACACUCUCACUUAAUUGAUGCUGAUGAUAGCGAUGAGUUAAGAAGUGUUUGGUCUGGGAGUGAUGAGGAGAAGACUCUCUGGACAGGGAGUGAAGGAGACGAUGAUGAUGAUAUUCCUACAGAAGCAUACCCAAAUGAAGCAAGUGAUAAAUAUGUUGAUAAACUGUUUGAGUUUGAGGAAACAUCAAAGUAUAGAACAAUAUCUGAACUAUUGAAGGCUGAGCAGGAACCAGAGGAGCUGUCACCUGGAAAGCAAGCCAGAAAACUUGCAGUGGAGAAUGCCUUGAAAAGGUUGAAGAAAGGGCCAGAUGGGCGUUACACUAAUGUGUGGGAGGUCAUGAGUGAUUUAGACAUUCUAAUAGGUGCAUUUGAAAAUAUAGUCUCUGGACCAGAGUAUGCAGAGCUUAGACGGGGAGGGCCUAAGAGAUUGAAUUUGCAGUUUUUCAAGGAUAUUCAAGCACGUAUGAGAGAUCCAAAUUACAAGUUCUCACGUGAAUUAAAACUGAAACCAAAAAGCAAAUUGGUUUCAAGAAGGAAAUGGCAGAAGGCACAAUCUAGGCGUAGAAAAGCACAAAAGAGAUGAGUUAUUCGUUUUUUUUCCCAAUUAUUUUUCUUCUUAGGAUCAAGACAUUUACUUUUUGAUUCAUUUGUACUUUUCCUUGAUCCAGAUUCAUUUGUACUUUUCCUUAGACUGGGUGAGAAAUUGGCGGGAGUGUUUCUCUUUCUCCGUCUCCAUUUAUAAUUUUAAUAUC